GCAGGACAGCCUGGGAGAAUACAUUAUGCGAAGGACAAGGGCUGUGCUGAACAGUGUGGGACCUUCGGGCACCUGGUGUUUGGCUUGUCUUCGUAGGUGCCGUGACCAUGGCAUCCCAAGGCCAGGUCAUUUUCUGGAGCACGACUACAGUCAUUAUCAUCCUGGCUGUGGUGAUUGCCCUGAUCAUCGGCUUUGGUGUCUCAGGAAAACGCUCCAUCAGUGUGACGGCACUGACGUCUCCAGGGAACAUUGGCCAGCGUGGCAUCCUGGGCUGCACUUUCGAGCCCGACAUCCGUAUGGGCAGCAUAGUGAUCCGGUGGGCCAAGGCAGGAGUAGCUGGGCUGGUUCAUGAGUUUAAAGGUGGGAAGGACCACCUGCAAGAGCAAGAUGCAUCGUUCCAGGGCCGCACGGCAGUGUUUGCCGACCAGGUGAUCGGCGGCAAUGCUUCCCUGGAGCUGAGGGACGUGCAGCUCUCCGACGCCGGCACCUACCGGUGCUCCGUCACCACAGCCAGAGGGAGCGGGGCGGCAGUGCUGCAGUACAGGACGGGAGCCUUCAGCACCCCCAAAGUCCACGUGGAGAACAGCAGCAGUGGGGACACGUUGCAGUGCGAAGCACCGCGCUGGUUCCCUCGACCCGCGGUGCGCUGGACAGCCUACAGCGACGCCGGGGAGUACCUGCCGCAUGUUGCCAACACCAGCUACGAGCUGAAUGCUGAAAACAUCACGCUGAAAGUGGUUUCCUUUCUGCACAACAUUACCGCUAACGCCACCUACACCUGCGUGAUUGAAAACAACAUUGCCAAGGCUACAGGCAACAUCAAAGUGACAGCCUCUCUCUGUUCUUCUGCUACAGAUUUCAGCGUUACAAGGGGGACCAAUUUGCAGCUGGUGAACCUGAACGCAAAGUCGGUGUCCUCCUCCCUUCCAGCCUGUCACUGGAUGCUUCUGCUUCCCCUGUAUCUGCUGUCGAUAUGAAGCCUCUAUAAAACAAUCAGAAACACUGCUGCACCUGGAGGUAAACCUGUAAUCAUAUAUGCUCGGUAUACGUAGACCCUCUUGCUGAAUUUUGUUGCAGCUCCAGACUUACCUCAAGCCUGCCAGAAUGGGAGGACGUGGCUUUGCCCUGUGCCCGUCCUUCCUCCAUGCCCAGCUUUAGGUGGGACGCAUGGCUUGUCUCUCCCACAGGCUCCCUGCUGGCUUCUCCUGUCACUUUCUGCAACUUUAGAGAUUCUUUUACACCGUUGACUGGCAUUUCUUACUCGUACCCUCAUUCUCUUUUCCUUUUCUCCUCAACCUUCUCUCCAACCCAAAAGAUAGACGUCUUGCUGCUCUGAGCACCUUCUGAACCUUGGCUACAGCUCAUGGCUGCAGGGCAGGGUGGACUUUUUCCUCUGCCUCCCCACGAGGCCUGCAGCAGCACAAGCCUUGCUUGCACCCGCUUUUCUCAGACAACUCCACUGCACGGUGCAGCACCUUCAGUAAACAGUAGCUGGCAGGAAUACCUUCAGGAGGGCUAGAGGGAGCUGCCAGCCUGAGCAAUCCCACCUAGACCUGGAAUAAGGAGGGCUGUAGCCAGCCAAAGCACGGACAACUGCCUUCAGUACUCAUCAGCUUUGGCUUUGGGUGGUAGCCUCUAGAGGUAAACUGGUGACGAAGUGGAGAGCUACAGAAAAUCAGCUAAAAGGAACAUCUCUGUCUUUCAACGCAGAACAGUUACGCAGCUACCCUGACGGCAGGACAAACUUCAUGCUUUCCUCCCUCUUGGGCUGAGAAUUUUAAGAGCCCCUUCCAGUUCCAGAGUGUGUAGUAGCACACGAAACCAGCUGAUUUCUUUCUUGUAUUAUUAUUUCUUACUCACUCCAACAACAGGAUCCUUUGUUUGGGUUCAGAAAGAGAGCGAGGAAUGCGAUAAAGAGAGUUGCAUAAAUAAAGGAAAAACUCUGAUCACAGGAACGAGGUGUGUUCUCUUGUCUGAAGUAACCCAGUGACCAGAACUCUGACCAUGGGCAGAAGAAGCUCAAACAGGAAAAGCUUUUCCUGCAAUACAUCUGAGAACUGGUCCUUCAAACUUGGAGUAUGAAAAGCAAACAAAUCUUAAUUCCCCCCUUAAACAGAUUUGAUUUGUCCAUCUCAUGUCUUGUGAUUCUCUGAAUGUACUAAUAAAACCGUAAAUAAGAGAGCCAGUUAAUCUAUUCAGUCUUCUCAGAGGACUACAAUCAAACUCCCCUUCUGAAAAAGAUGGCAAAACAGCGCUGAGUUAGAAAAUAGCUAACAGGUUUGGAACAAGUGUCACGUCUUCAACCUGGCACAGGCAAGCAGCAUGUCUGAAGUCCUAUAUGAGAACUGAUGAUUGCAUUUGUAACAUGAAAUAAAAGAGGACCAGGUGAGUAGUAAGUGUGGCAGCAGACGGAAGACUAACAUACAUAAUGAGAGGAAAAGAGGGUGACUAGCAAGAUACUACUGGGAAGUUCAAAUUCAGAAGUAAACAGAGUUAUUAAACGUAGAUAUAACUAUAGAGAUGAAAUGGCCUUUUUUGUUUUUAAGUAAGUCUCUUAUCUGGCACUUCCUAUCUAUUUCUGUGGCACCAUUUGUUACUAUUACAGGACUUGCAGUUGCGCUUUUUAAAUCAGAUUUUGAUCUCCAACUUACAUCACUUACAGCCAUUGUCUUCCUCAGGCUGAUGGUUUAUUUUGGGGUUUUUUUGUGUUUUGUUUUCUUUGGUAAGGAAGGGUGGGGA